GAUUGCCGCGAGAGGGCGCUAGCAGCCAUCAAAACAAACAGUGCAGAAAACCGGAAAAAUAUCAGCGAAAAGUUAGCAGAAGGUGCACAAAGCGUUGGUUGGUGAGAAAAAGCAACGAUUCAAGCACAACAUGUACAAAGAUCUGGUCGGCGGGGUAACGUACAAGCAUUGAGAAAGCAAAGGGAUCAUUAGGACGGGUGUGCGAAAUCUGUGAACCAUGGCCAUAAUGUUGUGCUACGAGGGAAGACUGAGCCUGUACUGCUUUCUGGGCGGAAUGGCCAGCUUGCUGGUGUUCUACGGGGCAGAAGCAUUCCUGCACGAGGAAAGCAUAUGGACCAAGGUGGCCCUUUCGGUGGGCUACUACAUUGCGCUGAACGUUAUCAUACGGAUAAGAUACAACCCGCGGGAUUAUCAGAUUGCUGUGAGGGCGGCAUUCCUGGGAACUGUAUUAUCAGCCGGAAUCGUUGUUGUCCUUUACGCUCAGGAGCAGUACAAAUCGUUUGGCAUCUAUGCCACCCUGAUGGCACUGUUUCAUUACACGGAAUAUCUGGGUAUUGCCAUUUGCAACCCGAAAACGCUGUCACCCGACUCGUUCAUUCUGAACCACUCGAUACAUUACGGGUUGGCCGCUGCGGCAAGCUGGAUUGAGUAUUUCGUUGAGGUGCAUUACUUCCCAGAAAUGAAAACAUACAAAUCGGUAUGGAUUGCUGGCUUGCUGCUGUGUCUAGCGGGAGAAUCACUCCGGAAGGUGGCAAUGAUAACGGCCAGCAAGAACUUUAGUCACAUCGUUCAAUUUGAACGACACAACGAGCACGAGCUGGUGACACACGGUGUUUAUGGUUGGAUGAGACACCCUUCCUACGUGGGAUGGUUCUAUUGGUCGAUAGGCACACAGAUUACGCUGGCCAAUCCCGUGUGCUGCGUAAUUUACGCAAUCGCUAGCUGGAAAUUUUUCCACGACCGAAUACUGAUGGAGGAAAUAACGCUGCUGAACUUUUUCGGCGAAGAGUACAUCCAGUACCAGGAGCGUGUUCCCUCCGGCCUGCCGUACAUAAGCGGGUUCCGCGUGGAACCAUGAUAUUUCGAGCACGAUCCCGGCUGCGAGGAUCAAACCAGUUUUCACACGGACAAACGCAAUGAGACUGAUGAGCGCGUAGGAACCGGCACGGUCCGGCGAUCCUUCGAGGACAAUAACGAGCGACACGUGCUGGAAAUGGCAAAGGUGGAUGUGGAACGAAGAAGAAGCAUCGGAGGUGGUGGCAGUGGUGGUGGAAUAGAGCACAGUCGUAACCGGAGGUACUCGGGAACGUACGAUAACUGUGAUGAUCAGGAUGCAUCAUCGUUGGUGUAGGAAUCGUAUCUCGGUUCAUUUCCCUCCGGAUGGGGAUUUUCUUUUGUUGCAUUUUUGUUGGACAAAAAAGAAUCAGAACGUACAUUUUAGCUACAUAGUUAGAGCCUGGAAAGGUCAUGGUGAGCUUAUCAUCACUAAACAAAAGCACAGACAACAGUCAUAGGUAUGAUAAAUGUUUCCUCUAUAAUUCCCUGAACCCUCCAGAACCGAACCAAAUGCAUCGGUUCGUGAAUGCUACAGCACAGUAAUCAUUAAUCAAGGACAGAAGUAAGCACUACCGACAGCGGUGUAUAUUUAUAGUUUCGAUAACAAAUCAUAGCUUUAGUAUGGUUGUACUAAUUUAUAUGUAUACAAGUGCAUGUAUUUCUCGUUUUCUUACAAAACAUACAAGAACCAUUUACAAAACCCAGUGCCACAGAAUGGUUAGAGAAUC